GAUAAUCUAGCGUGUCAAUUCAACCAUUAAUUUAUUUACUUUAGAGAAUUGGCAACAAGUAUUUGGACGUGACAAAUUUGGCAGCCAAAAUAAUACGGCAGAUAACAGUUCUUUUCUCAAAUAAAAGAACGGUUCAGUCAUAUAUAUGCAACUGAAAUAAUAUGCACCAGACAAGGUAGCUCGUCAUAUUACUAAGUGCUAUAACAAUAUUUAAUUCGUAACGCUAAUCGGUAAGGAAGACAGGUAGCUAGACAGCUUCCAAGAAAGAGAGACAGAGAGAGACGUAAUCACACCAAUCUAUGCUAGUUUGAGUGUCUCUAUACAAACACAUACACACACGCGUACGUGCACUAUCAGAAUCUGCAUUGUACACCACGACAAGCCCAGGUGCGUUAUAAGCGCUCAGAGAUACAGCACACGCGUGACGCAUAGCGCAUACUUUUGCUGCGCGCGUACUAAUGUAAGCUUGCAGCUCAGUUCUUUUAAAUAUCGUAUCGUUGUGCUUUCUUCCAUAAUACGCGCUAUUGCAUCCGUUAGAAAUAUUAUCAGUGACAGGUGAAAUGAAUAUUGCUUGUUGCUUUUGAACUAUUUUUUCUUUACCGUAUGCAGUGUACUUGGAACGGGAUGUGUUAAGACUUUGCCGGAGUCAUUCCAUCUCAAUUCUAAACUGUGGUACAACGAAGUUUAUCUUGUUUAUAACAUUUAGGAUGAAAAGCGUUCUAUUUGAACCCUAUUUCCAUUCUAAUAAAUCUCAAUUUAGCAGUGUUUAAAGUGAUUUGUUGGUCAUAGUUUAUGAAUGUUGUACAAGGAUUGCGAUGCAAAGUAAUUGUCUAACGCAAAUUUUACUACCCGACUGGAUGUAUUUUAACAACUUCAAACCAAACGAACAGUGUGUUGUGUACGUUUCGUCACAAAGGACUUCUUAGCCUGACACAUUUCAAAUUUUGUUUUUAACUCAAUAAAGGAUUGGACUAAUGCAUGGCUCGUAAAUCUCAUGUUGAUAAAAAUAGUAGAUCUAGCGAACUCGACUUCUCACACUUUGUUAUUUAUGCGUGAAAACUGGACAAGUAAGAAGUUUUCAGCAUAAAUAGUUAGUGGAAUAUUCAGAUGUCGAAGAUAAUGAAAGAAAACCAUGAAAUCAACCAUGAUCAAUCAAAAACUAGCAACUUUGUGCAAUGGAUUGCAACCUUCGCAGUGUUUCUGCUUGCAUUGCAAGUGGGAAUUGGAAUCGGCUGGGCGUCGCCUAAUAACGCUCGGUUAUUAAAAGACGAUUCUCCAAUACACGCGACCACGGAUGAUAUAUCUUGGAUGACUUCUUUAGUGUCAAUAGGAGCAGCCAUAGGCGCUAUUUUAGGAGCAAUCGCUGUUGAAAUUGCCGGUAGCAGAAGAACGAUCUUAUUGACUUAUGCACUUUUAAGCAUCAGCUGGAUACUGCUACUUGUUUCGAAUUCCGUCGAAUGGCUCUAUGCGUCGCGCUUUAUCAUGGGAAUCGGCUGCACUUUGCUGUAUUGUUGUUUUUCUUUAUACCUAGGUGAAAUAUCGGAUGCACGAAUCCGCGGCAGCCUUAUCUCAUUGGCAAUUAUAGGAUCUCCAUUUGGCUGUGUCUUGGGAAUAAUCGCUGAGACAUAUUUAGACAUGAAAGUGACUGCAUCUAUAUACCUAGUUUUAGGCUUGAUUGGUAUCUUAUUAUUUUUUUGGUUGGACGAUACUCCGUACUACUUAAUCAAGAAAAAUGAAAGAGAUACUGCACUGAUAUCGAUUAACUUUUAUCGUGGCACUAGUUCAGAAAAGGAAUUGGACGAAGUUAUAAGUUUUGUGGAAAAUAGUGCUGAUCUCAAAGAAAAACUCAACAUGUUGAAAGUGUCAGUCGUGAGGAAAUCAAUUUUUAUGAUUAUGUUGGUAUUUACACUCCCUCAUAUUGCUGGUUAUAUGAAUCUUAUGAGUUACAUGCAAACUAUACUUGAAAGCUCUAAGUUUGAUUUGAUAAAACCGGAAGAGUGUGUUAUUUAUGCCAAUAUUAUCACUGUAAUAACAGCAUUUGUGACAUUCAACUUGAUUGAUAAAUUAGGACGUAAAAUUUUAUUAAUAAUAUCUAGUAUUGGCACUGCCAGUGCUUUGGUUGCAUUAGGAACUCAUUUUUAUUUAUUAAAAUCGGAAUUCGAUGUAGAAAAUUUGCAGUGGUUACCAGUUGGUUCCAUUCUAUUUUACUUAAUUACGUAUUCCGUAGGCUAUGGAUCUGUACCUGGUGCAUUGUUGAGUGAAAUGUUCCCUGAAAAUAUAAAAAGUGUAGCUGCUUGUGCAGCUACUUUAUCUGUAUCGUUUUUCGGAUUUAUUGUUGCGAAAGCUUAUCAGCCGAUAAUAGACUCUGUCGGUGAAGCCUAUGCAUUUUGGAUACAUGCCGUGUUAGCAUUGUUAGGAGUACCGUGUGCAUUAUUUAUGAUUAUAGAAACAAAAGGUAAAACUUUUCAAGAAAUUCAGGACAAGUUAAUGAAAGGACAAUGAAAUGAGUACAUGUAAAAAACCGUGCCAUUUUUUAUUCAUGUAUGGUGUAAUUGUAAGACAUUUAUUUAAAAUAAUCAUUUUAUCGCAAUCAUUUUUACAUAUUUUUGUAAAUACUAUUAUUUUCUAAUGUUAUAAAAUUUAUAUUGUACCAUUUAUUGCAUUAAUCUAUAUAAAUUAUUGAUUAUAUUUGCGUAGAGUCUGUAAUUAACAAAUACUCUUAUCAAAGAAAUUGUAAAAGAGUGAAUUAAAUGCAGCAUAUUAAGUAGAUAUAGUUCUAGAAAAAAUAAAAAUUGUAAUCAUACUGUAUGUAGCUAAAAGAAAUUAGAGUUAUAUUUCAUCUGCAUUUACGUUAUUUCUGAUAGAUGUGAUUUUGAUUUAUAUACUCACUGUAUAUUCGACAUUUAUUAUGAAACAUAUUGAGCAUCACACACACACACACGCGCGCGCGCGCGCGCACGCGCGCACACACACACAUAUAUAUUUUUUAAAUAAAAUCUAUGAAUUUUAAAUGACUUGAUUGGUUAGUAUGUCUUUUCUAAAAAGUUAGUUGAACCCGAAACGUAAGAAACGUCUGUAUAAGGCGGAUUAAUGUAUAAGCUUCUAGCGCUUUCGUAGUGAACUCUAUAAUAAAUUCAAUAUCACCAGCGUAAGAAAAUACAUCAAAAACAUUCACAUUAUUAUUGAAAAAAUUACUUGCUUUUCCUUGAAUUUAAAAUAACUAAAAAUGUGGAAUUACACACUUUUAGCUAGGUAUAUUGGAGUAUGAAAUAUAUUCAUUACAUUUUUAGAAAGCCACGUUAUUUAUAAUAAGCGGUACAUAAUUUAGAUAUAUUUUUUACGUAGGAUACCAUGGCGCUAUAAGUUUCAUUGUAAAACCUAUCUAAAACACGUUAGAAACAAAAAUCCAACAUAUUUUUUAUUUUUAAGAAAGAACAUUGAACGCUGUGAGUGUAAGAGUACAAAAUUCUGUGAAUAAGAUGUAUAUUUUUUUUUUACUCCGGUAAGAGAUUUAAAGAACUUGACAACAUCAUGUCAUUUCAUUCCAAGUAUAACAUAAUUCAAGAAUAAAGUUAGUUAGACUGUUUAUCUAUUUUUCAACAUUUAGCAUUUACACUCAAUAUGCAUGUAAUAUUAUUAAUAAUAUAAUUUAAUAAUGAUAAACGAUCUAAGUGAACUAGGAUAUAAUAAAUGAAACUCGAUAGUAGACGAACGAGAUAGAAAAACUCAAGAUGUUUUUACUUUAUAAUACCUGCUCCCUAAUAAAAAGGUGAAUUGUGGCUUAUGAUUUAUUUGAAUUGUAUUAUUGUAUCUUAUGAAAUAUCAGUUUAAUAUCAGUAUUUGUCAAAUAAGUGAUGGAUGGUUCUGUCAAGGAAGUGAAAGUAUGUUCUUAAAUCAAAUUGUUUGUUGGCCAGUACUAUCAAAAGUUUCGGACAGGCUCAUUGUCUAAAUCUCAAUCC